CGCAGUACUACGGACACAGCUUCAUCCAGGGCGCCGCCGAUUUCAUCUUCGGGCAGCACGCGUUUGCGUUCUUCCAGAGCUGCACCAUCGCUUCGACUGCGGCGGGCACCAUCACUGCGCAUGGACCGUCGAGUUCCACCGAUGGGAUCUACGUGAUCAACCAGGCGACGCUCCAGACCGCGUCGGGUGCGGGCUCGCUGACCGGCCAGGUCUAUCUCGGCCGUCCAUGGUCUCAGUACGCUCGCGUUGUUUUCACCAACACAAACAUGGGCGCGCACAUUAACGGUGCCGGGUGGUCGCAGUGGAGCUCGACUAUGCCCAACACGGCUCACGUCCUCUUCGCGGAGUACAACAGCGUUGGCCCCGGGGCCUCUGGAACCCGUGCUUCGUUCUCCAAGAAGCUUUCGUCCGCUGCGGGAUACACGAUCCAAGACGUCUUGGGGAGCCGCGGAUGGGUCGACACAGCCUACCUGUGAUCUCGGGGGAAACAUGUAUUAGUCACCAAAAUCCAACUACUGUCAUGAACCGUUC